AUGGCAAGUCUCGGGCUUGACCUGGCGUCGAAGCGGCAGCGCAAACGCUCCGACUAUGGCUACCACCUGGAAUACCGACUGCGAUGGAACGACAACGACAUCUUCGGCCACGUCAACAACCCCAACUACGGCGUCCUGGCCGACAGCAUCAUCAACGAAUACAUGAUCCGCGAAUGCGGGUACACCGUGGCCAAACACCCCCAAGCGGCCAUCAUCGCCAACACCUACUUUGACUAUUUCGGCUCCGUCAGCUACCCGGACGUGGUGGACUGUGGCCUGCGGAUCGUGAAGCUGGGCCGCGCGAGCGUCAUGUACGAGGUGGGGGUUUUUCGACGAGGUGACGACGACGUCAAGGCCGUAGGGGGCUCGACGCACGUCUUUGUCGAGCAGGUCGAUGGGAACCUGGGGAGGCCUGUGGAAGGGGGCAUGCCGGAGGAGAUGAGGAAGGGGUAUCAGCGGUUGAUUGACAUGGCGAACCCGCGUUCGAGGCUUUAA